UCAACCUCAUCUUCAUCCUCACUCAUCACCCACACAGCGUGCACAACACAAACACAAACACAGAUCGAUCGAGAUCCAAAGCAACCAGGAGCAAUGGCGGGCGAGAAGGGCCUGGUGCUGCUGGACUUCUGGGUGAGCCCGUUCGGGCAGCGCGUCCGCAUCGCGCUGGCGGAGAAGGGCCUGCCCUACGAGUACGCGGAGGAGGACCUGAUGGCCGGCAAGAGCGACCGCCUCCUCCGCGCCAACCCGGUGCACAAGAAGAUCCCGGUGCUCCUCCACGACGGCCGCCCCGUCAACGAGUCCCUCAUCAUCCUCCAGUACCUGGAGGACGCCUUCCCGGACGCCCCGGCACUGCUCCCCUCCGACCCCUACGCGCGCGCGCAGGCCCGCUUCUGGGCCGACUACGUCGACAAGAAGGUCUACGACUGCGGCUCCCGCCUCUGGAAGCUCAAGGGCGAGCCGCAGGCGCAGGCGCGCGCCGAGAUGCUGGACAUCCUCAAGACCCUCGACGGCGCGCUCGGGGACAAGCCCUUCUUCGGCGGCGACAAGUUCGGGUUCGUCGACGCCGCCUUCGCGCCCUUCACCGCGUGGUUCCACAGCUACGAGAGGUACGGCGAGUUCAGCCUGCCGGAGGUGGCGCCCAAGAUCGCGGCGUGGGCCAAGCGCUGCGGCGAGCGGGAGAGCGUCGCCAAGAGCCUCUACUCGCCGGACAAGGUGUACGACUUCAUCGGCCUGCUCAAGAAGAAGUACGGCAUCGAGUAGCCGCGCGGACGGACGGGCGGCCAUGCAUGCGCCAUCCCGCCGGCCGGCCAAUAAAUCAGGGAGCGUUUGGGUGGCCUACAGUGCGUACGUUUCGGAUAUUGAUUUCUUCGUGGAGUCUAGUGUUCGUGCGUGUGUGGUUGGUGGUAGUUGUUUGGUUUUGUUAGUGUGAGUGCGUCGUGGGUGCCGUGUACUCCUGUGUGUGUGUCAAGUGUUGCCACCUGCGAUUCCAUUUCCAUUCCGUGCGAUGAAUAAAUUAAGAAGGGGUCUUCUGGACGCGUCUAGCGGGCGCACGGCCGCCUAGGAUGCUUAGCGAGCGGCCCGACACUUCAGAUAA